AUGAGAACGUGGGCUCGCUAUGCGCUUCUAUUCCUCGGUGUAUUUGUAUAUGGAUGGCUCUUUCUCAGAGACUUCUCAGGCGACAGCACGCGCGAUGAGAGUCCGAUAUCAUUUUCCGAAGGCUCGCAAUAUGAAGAGGUUCUGCUUCAGAUGGAAGGCCCAAGCGAGUGUGCUAUGCAUUCAUGCUUCGACUAUACCAAGUGUUCUUCGAAGUUGAAGGUCUUUGUAUACCCCGACAUAGAAGAAUUGCCCCCAUCAGAAGUCUAUCGGAAAAUUCUCACAGCAAUUCGAGAAAGUCAGUAUUUUGUCUCCGAUCCUAAAGAUGCAUGUCUGUAUAUUAUCAGCGUGGAUACGAUUGAUAGGGAUAAAAUCAGUGAAAAUUAUGUACAAGAUGUGGAUCGCUACAUAAGCAAUCUACCUGCUGAGGUAUGGAACGACGGAUUAAACCACAUUAUUUUCAAUCUGUACCAUGGGACAUUUCCUGACUACUCGGAUCACAAUCUGGGCUUUGCCACAAAAAAAGCAAUGAUUGCUCGCGCUUCACCUAGCUUGCAGAACUACCGCUUUGAUUUUGAUAUAUCGUUUCCUCUUUUUCACAAAGAGCAUCCUUUGAGAAGCGCUAUCGAGUGUACCGUAGCCAAUAGCCAGCUUUUCCAAAUAGUUUCUGUAUUCAUAUUUCACUUUACCAUAUUCCAUUUUCAGCAAGAUGUUUCCUUUAAAACUCACGACCAAUAUAUAGUGUCAUUCAAGGGCAAGCGCUAUGUUUACGGCAUUGGUUCUGAGACUCGAGAUUCUCUACAUCAUCUACAUAAUGGUGAGACAGUAGCUAUGGCACACCAAGAUGCAAGAUGUGAAAGCGAUAAUGAAGCUUAUGACAAGUACGCCAAAGUGCUUGCUUCUCAUUUACUGUAUUUCAGCUCAUGCAGUACUCUUUUUGAUAUCCAUGUUGCUUAUAGAUGGGACUACGAGAUGAUGAUGGUCAACUCGACCUUCUGUCUGACACCACGAGGACGACGACUAGGAUCGUUCAGGUUUCUCGAAGCCCUACGGUUGGGUUGUAUACCUGUCGUGCUCUCGGACGACUGGGUUUUGCCAUUCGAUGAAAUUAUUGACUGGUCAACCGCUGCUGUCAUUGUCCCUGAAGACAAUGUACUAUUAGUUCCUGAUAUCUUGCACACAUAUUCGCCGGAGAGCAUAUUCCAGAUGAAACAGCGAGGCUUUUUCAUUUACUACCGAUAUUUUAGCAGUGUCGAGAAGAUCGCGAUGACUGCUUUAGAGAUUGUUUGGGAAAGGAUUCGCUUGUCUGAAGGUUUAGCCCGUAAGAAUUGGAAUCACCUUCAAUAUCCCGACACCUCAAUUGUGUCACAUGAAGCUACUGUGAUCAUUAAGGCCGCAGAAAAAUCGUCUUCUCGUUUACAGAAGGCAGUAACAACUGUGGCUGCUUUGGAUGGUUUGAGCCAAGUAUGUUUUCUUGCUUUAGCUGAACUUUGCAGCAUUAGUAGUAUCUGA